AUGUCUUCCUCUCAUUUGUUCAUCUUACUCCUUGGAGUGUUUCUGACCACUCAAACUUUUGCCGAUUACUAUAAGCAGGAUGCUCCUAAUUUUGGACAAAAUGGGGAGAAGUCUAACCCAAUCCCACCCCCGGUGAAUCCGACCCCUCCACAACAAGGGGAGAAGUCUAACCCGACACCAACCCCAGUGAAUCCGAACCCUCCACAAAAUGGGGAGAAGUCUAACCCAAUACCAACCCCGGUGAAUCCGAACCCUCCACAAAAUGGGGAGAAGUCUAAUCCAAUACCAACCCCAGUGAAUCCGAACCCUCCACAACAAGGGGAGAAGUCUAACCCGACACCAACCCCGGUGAAUCCGAAUCCUCCACAAAAUGGGGAGAAGUCUAAUCCAAUACCAACCCCAGCGAAUCCGAACCCUCCACAAAAUGGGGAAAAGCCGAACCCAACACCAACCCCGGCCUACCCGAAACCUACACAUGAAGAGAAGCUUAAUUCACCACCAGCCUCAGUGUUUCCUAAUCCUCCACAGCAAGGAGAGAAUCCUAACUCGCCACCAACCCUAGUGUCUCCAAAUCCUCCCCAGCGUGGAGAGAUGCCUAACUCGCCACCAACCCCAAUUAAUAAUCCUCCUUAUGGAGGGAAGACUGAGCCUGAGCCUAGGCCUCAGCCCCAACCCGAACCCAAACCGCAACCUCCAACUCAAUCACCUAAAGUGGAGAAGCGACCAUUUAUACAACCACCGGUGUCCUCGCCAGGGCAAGAGGCGCCACCUUCCGGUCAGUACCCAGGAAACAAGCCCUCAACUGGACUCUACCAGCCACCGAGUAGUCCUGGUCAUCCGAACUGA